GAAGCACUUAGGUCUUCCCCAUCUCUUAUGCUCCCACCCCCACUGUGUUCAGCCGUUUAUUCUUUAGGUAAACAUGUCCCAGGUCCCUUCUCGUGCCAGGGUGGGUGCCAGAGGGUCACAUUGGAGCCCACAGCCUGCUCUGGGGUGCCGCGUGUUGGAGUGCAUGGGGCGUGGAGGUCCCCGGUCUCUGGAGCUGGGCAGAUAGAAUGCAGGUUCACCAAACGUGCCCAGGGCGCUUGGCCUCUCUGGGCUGGGUUCUGCAUCUCCAGAGAUGAGGAAAGAUGGCUGGGGCAGAGCUCCAUGAAGGUUCCCAGAGGUCUUGGGUUUCCUUGCUGUCCCGUCAUCAGGGGGCCCAGAGAGGAGGGGAGAUAUUUGGAGCUUGAGAGGGACUUGUCUUCCUAGAAGGCUUCUAUUCCUUUCCACGAGGUCACGCCAGACUCCCCUUUUCUGUACCUCCACUACCGAGUCUGCCCACCCCCUCCCCACCAGGUGAGCACUGGGAGGCUGGCCCUUCUGGUUGAUCUUCUGUUUGCCAGACAGGCAGAGUGCUCCAGGAGCAGUGGGGCAGGAGGAUUUCAGUCAGACGCAUCUCUGAAACUGGAGGGUAUAGGGGAGAAUUGGAUCCUGUCUCCCUGAGGAGCACAGGGGAGCUCCUGAAACAGGGUGACCCAACAAGAGUCUGUCACUUUCCAGGUUUGGUGAGAAGUGUGCCCGGGAGCUGCAGGUAGGAGUGGUAGCUGGGAAAGUGGUGCCCACCCACUUCUUGUUCUUCACCUCUCUGAGCCUGGGAACUAGGCAGGGCUACUUUGUGCCCUCUGUUUGUGCCCCAGGGAAGGAGGCCCUGCAGAGACAGCUGGGGGCUGGAGUUAGUGCUGUGGGAGUCCUCCGUAGUUUCUUCCACCCUGAGGGCCCUGGGGUAGUGGAGACUGGGGGUCUGGGGAAAACGUAAGGAGAAGAAAGGGGGGCUUUGGAAGGGAGAGUAUUCUCAUGGGCUUGGAAUUCCUCAUGGGCUUGCAAUUCUGGGUCGGGAAGAGUAAAGUCUGGGGGUGGCAAGAGUGUCCUGGACACUAGGGCAGAGUAGAAGUCAAAAGAGGGAGGAUGGGCUCAGCAACCUAAGAACAGAGGGGUGUAGAGGAGGGCUAGCAGCCGGCCCACUUCUUUCCCUCCCAACACCUCUCAAUGAAUUCUCCCCUGGCCCAGCCCCCGGCUACCAGGUAAAGAACCUCUGGGGGUGGAGAGAGGCGCUGGGGAGGGGGAGGCAGCUAACGAGCUGGCUGGGCUCUAGGGGGAUAAGGGGACAUUCCUCCCUUCACCCCUUUUUGUCUUUCUCCCUUGUGGGCCGAGGAGGUUCCUGCUCUGUCUCGGGAGUGAGGAGCCGGAUUAAGGGAGGGAGGAAGGCAGGUGCGGUGAUUAAUGGUUGCUGGAGAGCUGCAGUUUAUUUUAAACAACAGGGAGCAAGCAAGGCUUGGGAAUGGGAGCAGGUUGUGGGUGAGGCUUGGUCUGACAGAGUCUCUGUUUGCUCAGGGAGGACCUGGUCCCUUAAAAAACCCAGAGCAGGUGAAUGUCCUGGUCCCUCCCAGACUGAGAGUGGGGAGUGGAAUGGGCUGGAAGCCUUUUAACCCAGAAUCCCUCCCUCCAAGCUGGAUAGCACCAGCCCUUGGUCCCUGUGUAGUCUCCUGCUUUCCUGCUGGAGUGGGGAGGACUCAGCUCCAGCUGAACCCACAGAGGCCCAGCUAAGGCUAAUGUCUGGUCCCCCACCUCCCUUUUGGGGCUGCAUGAGUCCAUGUUUUACACUCCUCCCCAUGCCACCCCCAUAGGAGUUCGUGCCCCUUCUCAAAGUGGAUGGUCUGGGUCUGAGCGGAACUUUGGGGAGGAGGAGGCUGCUGGUUGCCCAGCCUUAUCUGAAGUCCCUUCCUUCCUGGUCUACCAACUGCAAAGCCCCAGAAGGCAGGUGUGGGACGGACAGAUCUUCCCCAGGGCUGAUGGCCGUCUGAUGUCCCUGUGGCACAGUUCAGAGAGCACCUACGACACACUCUGGAACACACAUGGCCCUGUGGGGCUUUAGUGUUAUUUGAAAAGAUCGAAGAUGCUGAAGCGCUAAAUUAUGAGCUGCUGAGGUUGGAAGAGGGAAUGAGUGAGGCUGAGGGUACCCAGGGAGUCUCUUGGGUCGGGGAGGAGACUGAGCCAGGCCUUCUGUGCACCUUGCACAGGAGCAGUACUCUUCAACAACAUUCACCGGAUUGAAUCCGUGAGGCAAGGGAAGCCACUGCAGACGCCAGCCACAAGUGGUGGGAGGCUUGGUCAUCCCCCAGCCCCACUUUGGGAUGGAUGACGGGUUAGGGGACUCUUGCCUUUUCUCACCAAGGCCCACCCUCUAUAUCUCCUCUUCAGGGAAAGAAGACCUGGAGGCCAACACUGGGGGGUGGGGGCACAGGUGGGUGUUCCCCCAGUGGGAUCUCUCUGCACAGAAGGCAGGCCUGGCAGGAAGGGCUGUGAGGACUUCUCUGCUGAGAAUGGAGUGCUUUGCGGAACAGAGAAAGGCUGCCUGGGAAGUGUGGGGCAUCCUGCCAGCCCGGGGGUCACUGGCCUCACUGCAGUUGCUGCCAGGUGGUGCGGUUUCACGCCCUGUGGGACCUGGGAUGGCCCCACUGUCCCAUGACAGUUGGGCAGCGCAUGUGGGAAUGUUUCUUCCCCAUGAACGGUUGAACUCAGAGAGAAACUCGAGGGAGAGGUUUUCAGGCCUGGGUUCGUCCAGGGGAGUGCUCUUUAAGUGGUUUCAGUGACAGGUGAAAAUCCAGCCCAACAAACCACAGCCUCUCCUCCCUUCUCCCUGUCCUCCUGUGUCAUCAGUGGGGUGGGAGUUAUGGUGCAACAUGGCCCGUGGCCAGGCCGUGCAGAAUGGGAAGUGCUGCUCUUAACAAAGGGGAAUUGAACAGCCCAGCUUUGGGAAGUGGAGAGAGAAAAGCAAACAAACCAGGCCUGGCAGAGGGUCUCCGGGGCACCUUGAUAACGGCCUGGGGAACUGGGAAUUCCGUUGGUUUGAUUUUUUUUUUUUCCCCAAUACUAGCAGGCAAGGACAAUUGCAGAGAUAUUCCAAAACAGAGAAUAACCGACAUCUGUUUGGCUCUGGAGUAUGCUAAGUUUUAAAAAUCAUAUUUACUUUAUUAAUUGUGUCAGCCUUGGGCUAAUAUUAACAUGCAUUUCCUGACUGGGCAGUUGGGGGUGGCACCCAGCUGGCAGGGCCACAUCGUCAGCCUGGGAGUGAACAGGAUUCAGAGAAUUGAGAGCAAAUCCUGGAGACCUGGUUCCCGGGACUUAACACUCUGUGUGUUUGAUUGUCCCUCCCUUUUAGUAUCUGAGUGAUGACGUGUGUCCCCACGAAGCACCCCACAGCAACGGGCAUUUAGCAUGGGCUGAGAAGCUGGACCUGCACGGAGGGCUGGUAGAAAUGGGUUCCUGGCAGAGUCCCAGGCAGUUGGUGUCAGCGAGGAGGAGAGGCCUGGGCAUCUGGAGCAGGGCUGAGAUGACCCAGUUCUGGAAUGUGUGAACGGGCCGGAGCCCUCCCCGCCUGGCCCACCAUGGUCCAGAGGCUGUGGGUGAGCCGUCUGCUGCGCCAUCGGAAAGCCCAGCUCCUGCUGGUCAACCUGCUGACCUUCGGCCUGGAGGUGUGCCUGGCUGCGGGCAUCACCUGUGUGCCACCCCUGCUGCUGGAGGUGGGGGUGGAGGAGAAGUUCAUGACCAUGGUUCUAGGCAUCGGGCCAGUGCUGGGCCUGGUCUCUGUCCCACUCCUAGGCUCCGCCAGUGACCACUGGCGUGGGCGCUAUGGUCGUCGGAGGCCCUUCAUCUGGGCCCUGUCCCUGGGCGUCCUGCUGAGCCUCUUCCUCAUCCCGAGGGCUGGCCGGCUGGCAGGCCUGCUGUGCCCGGAUACCAGGCCCCUGGAGUUGGCCCUGCUGAUCCUGGGCGUGGGGCUGCUGGACUUCUGUGGCCAGGUGUGCUUCACUCCACUGGAGGCCCUGCUCUCUGACCUCUUCCGGGACCCAGACCACUGUCGCCAGGCCUUCUCUGUCUACGCCUUCAUGAUCAGCCUCGGGGGCUGCCUGGGCUAUCUGCUGCCGGCCAUUGACUGGGACGCCAGCGCCCUGGCCCCCUACCUGGGCACCCAGGAGGAGUGCCUCUUCGGCCUGCUCACUGUCAUCUUCCUCACCUGUGUGGCAGGCACCCUGUUUGUGGCUGAGGAGGCAGUGCUGGGCCCUGCCGAGCCGGCAGAAGGGCUGUCAGCCCCCUCGAUGCCGCCCCGCUGCUGCCCGUGCCAUGCCCGCCUGGCUUUCCGGAACCUGGGCGCCCUGUUUCCCCAGCUGCACCAGCUCUGCUGCCGCGUGCCUCGCACUCUGCGCCGACUCUUUGUGGCCGAGCUGUGCAGCUGGAUGGCGUUCAUGACCUUCACGCUGUUUUACACGGACUUCGUGGGCGAGGGGCUGUACCAGGGUGUGCCCAGGGCUGAGCUGGGCACCGAGGCCCGGAGACACUACGAUGAAGGGGUCCGGAUGGGCAGCCUGGGGCUGUUCCUGCAGUGUGCCAUCUCCCUGCUCUUCUCUCUGGUCAUGGACCGGCUGGUGCAGCGAUUCAGCACCCGGGCAGUUUAUCUGGCCAGCGUGGUGGCUUUCCCUGUGGCUGCGGGUGCCACAUGCCUGUCCCACAACGUGGCCAUGGUGACCGCCUCGGCCGCCCUCACUGGCUUCACCUUCUCCGCCCUGCAGAUCCUGCCCUACACGCUAGCCUCCCUCUACCACCGCGAGAAGCAGGUGUUCUUGCCCAAAUACCGAGGAGAUGCUGGAGGUGGCACCAGUGAGGACAGCCUGAUGACCAGCUUCCCGCCGGGACCCAAGGCCGGAUCUGCCUUCCCCAAUGGACACGUGGGUGCUGGAGGCAGCGGCCCGCUCCCGUCUCCACCCGUGCUCUGCGGGGCCUCUGCCUGCGAUGUCUCCAUGCGGAUGGUGGUGGGUGAGCCACCUGAGGCCAGGGUCGUUCCGGGCCGGGGCAUCUGCCUGGACCUUGCCAUCCUGGAUAGUGCCUUCCUGCUGUCCCAGGUGGCCCCGUCCCUGUUUAUGGGCUCCAUCGUUCAGCUCAGCCAGUCUGUCACUGCCUAUAUGGUGUCGGCUGCAGGCCUGGGUCUGGUCGCCAUUUACUUUGCUACACAGGUAGUAUUUGACAAGAGCGACUUGGUCAAAUACUCGGUGUAGAGUGCUUCUGAUCCACUGAGGGAGGGCCCCCUUCCCGUCUCCAGUCAACCCCAUAGGCUGAGGGCUGGCCUUCCAGUUUCUGUUGCUGCCAAAGUGGUAUGGCUCUCUGCUGCCACCCCGUGGCCAUCAGGUGCAUAGCUGCACGGAUAGGGGACUGGGACCCCCCCCCCCAAGUCUUAGGGCUGACUGAUGGUGGCUCUCCCAGUGGGCUUCAGUCUGGACUUCUACAGGGAGGCCAGAAGGGCAGGGCAUUUGAUUAGCUCUGUGCACUGGAAUGCAGGACUCUGCAGGGGAAUCAUCCAGGCUCAGGGUUAACAGCUGGUGUCCUGGUCAAGACACCCAGAGAAGGGAUUUGGGGAGUGGAAUAAACUGGGCUCCCACCUCCAAGCUCCCUUAUCCUGUAGUCCCAUAGGUUCCCCCAGUGUU